AUGGUCAAAUCAUGUGUAUAUUUGUAUGAUAUAAAAAUGGAUAAACUCAUAAAAAUUUGUUGUAAAGAGAAAGAUCAAAAAUUUAGCAGAUAUCACAUAUCAGAGAUUUCACAUUUUAUAAGUUCCUUCUUUAAUUUCCUCGUCUCAUUUAUCUUUGGUCCCUGUAAUUUCGUCUUAGAUAAACCGGCUGAGCCUAUUUUACUCAUCAAUGAUAAUAGGCGAGGUGACUUCUUUCGGGUUGAGAAUAAUUUAGAUAAUAAUCUUUUUAGAAGCUUGAAGUACUAUUAUAAUCGACAUAGAGAUGAUGUACCAUCACAAUACACUUCAAAAAAAUUAAAUUUAGCCGAUAAUUUAUCAGAUAUUCGUAAUAAUAAUGAUAUUGAUAAUACAUUAUUAUUUUCAACAAAAUUGAGCGAUGGAUAUGCUAAAAUUGAACGUGAAGAUGAAAAAAAAUAUAGUUUAAAAGAAAUUAUAACUAUUAAUAAUAAUUUAAAUAUUUUAUAUUUAAUGAGAAAACCAUGUUGGGAUAUUUUUAAUAAUAAUUGUGAAUUAGAUUAUGGAUGUACUAUGAGUUUUGAUGGAAUUAAGAAAGCUACUAAAAGGGCAUUUAAGAUGAAAGAUUGUGAAUUAACUGAAAUUAAGGCUAAAGGGUAUAAAAAAGGUUAUCUUGAAUUUGAAUCAAAAGAGGAUUGGAUGAAGAAAACUAAUUUAUUUUUUAGUAGUGACGUUAAUAUACAAAAUUUUGCAGAAUUAGGAAUAUCUAUUGAAAGUUCACAAAGUGAUAAUUUUGAUGAUGAAAUUAAGUCAAUAUAUAAUUAUACAGAGGUUGGAAAAGUAUUAUUGAAAUUUCGAGAACAUUUAGAACCAACUGAAGAAUUUAUUAAAGAUAUAAAAGCUGCCAUAGAAUCUAAUGAUUUAGAAGAAUAUAGAAAAAUUACUGAAGAAUAUGGUCAAUUUAUCCCAACUGAAGUUAUUUUAGGAGGAAGAGUUUAUUUUAAAGAUGUCACAAUGUCAUCAAAAAGUUCUGCAACUAAGUCUAGGCAAAAUUCUGCAAGCGUAAAGUUUGGACCUUUAAAUCUUAAAGUAAAAGUUAAUUCUAGUAAAUUAAAAGGAAAAUCAAAAUUUUAUAAUUUUAAUAAUAUGAGAUUACUUGGGGGAAGUCAUCCUGAAGGUGAAAAAUUUGAUGAAAAAUAUUGGAUUGAUUCUUUGAAAGACUACCGAAAUUGGGAGUGUAUAGAAUUUAAAAAUCCUGUUAGCAUAUUUCAACUUGUACCUGAUACUUUAUGUAAAAUGCCCUUUAAGUCUAUUGGAAAAAGAAUAUUGUAUACAUGCACCGAAGACUGUGAUUAUUACUUGAAUAAAUUUAAAAAAUAUCGAGAUUUUGAAUUAAAGUUACCACGAAAUAUUUUGGAUAUUAUUCAAAAUGAAGAAGCUGAUUGUGAUAUCUUUGCGACAGUUGUUGAUACUGAAGAUUCAAAAAAUAUUUUUUUUAAUUGUCAAAUACUUAAACCAAAGGCAGAAAAAGGGAAAUUGGUAAAACCAAGAAUUAUAAUUCAUGGUAUUCAAAAAAAAUUCCAAUCACGCAAUUUGAAGUUGAAAAUUAAGAUAAUGGUUGUUGGUUAUGAUACAGAUUUUAAUUUUAUACUUCCUAAUAUCGAAGUAAUUAAAAAACAUCAUGAUUCACAUGAUAAACGCAAUUUUACCAGUACGACAUUAUCAAAUCAUGAUUUAAUGACAAGAAAUAUUCCUUUCUUUGGAAUUCCUAUAUUAGAAAAUUUGAAUAAUUUAAAUAAGUCCCUUAUUAUUGGACAUAAUUUUCGUAAUGUUGAUAAUGAACUUAAAAUAGACAUGUUUUCUUAUUGUGCAGAAAAAAGUUGUUACGUUAAUUUACCAAACUUUACUUUUUGCACACUCAUUAUAGAUGAUCCCAUUUCUAAUUCCUAUGGAUCAUUUUCAUUUGAGUUUAGUAUGUUGAAAAAAAAACCAUUCGUUGAUCUUAGAAAAAAAUUUACCUCUCAUUUAAAUCCAAAGUAUAUUAGUUUAUGUCUAUCAAAUGAUAAUUAUAAACCAUUCUUUUUAAAACAAAAAAUCGAACAAAUUAAAAUAAAAUAUGUUGAUUGCAAUUGCGGUAAAACUUGUUUUGUUUGUAAAAACAAAACAUUAAGAAUUUCAUCAAAAGACGAAAAUAAUAUUGAGUGUAUAGUAUAUAAUUAUAAGUUUACACAUACCUGUAAAUAG